UUUUGUUAAUUCCAAUACUAUUUUUGUUAAUUAAAUUCCUAUUUAAAAGUGGUGGUGGUGGUAAGACGUACUUACAAACAUGUUCUUGUGAUCUUUGUGUGUACAGGAGACCUUCUUCUGGUGUUCAUCUCAAUUUCAAUUUCUCAAGAAAGAGAGGAGGACCUGUGCAAAUUUUGGGCUUACGUGCUGAUGCUUUCUCUGCCUGUUUCUAGCCUUCCUCCCUGAAAUCUCUGCCACUGUGUUUUACAGAGGAGUAGAUACUCCCCAAAACAGCCAAGUUUUGCGGGUGCAGGUGGGCUGGAAGAGAGGCACUGUAAUUGCCCUUCCAGAAGGACAAAGCUGUAGUGUUAGCUUACAUCCUAUAGGAUGUGACAGAAUGGAUCUGAGAGCAGCUUUGGCAAUAAAUUUGCCAACUGUGGAAAAUACUGUUGUUGGUGCUGUUGAACCAGAAGACACAACCCAAUGGAUGUUUGGUAUACGAAAUUGUGGUAUUUAGUGACAAUUCUUUUGUUGUUAUGUGAUUGUUCAGUGCUUGUGGAAACAAAAUAAUUUACAAAUGUGAGUUCUAGUGGUCUGUGAUUCAGAAGCAAAUAAGGUGAGGAAAUAACGCCCCAACUAUGAGACCAUGGUGUGGAAUUUGGGAGACUUGAAUUCAGCUGUGUGCUUUACUUGGGACUUCCAGUGCUUUUGAGCAGAUGUUAUGCUUCCAUGACUAAUCUACAAAAGGAAGAAAAUGGCAUUAUUUUACUACCAGGAAUAUUGUGAAGUUAAAUACUCUAAAGGCUUUUUAGGGACUCUGCUUACAAGAGUGGAAUUGCAAUACUUCAUGCUGAAAUCAAGGACAGGUGGCAGUAGCAAAUUGUGAAGAUCCCGUCUUAGGCAACAAAACAUAGGAAACAUGUUUAUGGAAUAUCCACAGAGCAGUUCUGAAUGAAUUUCAAGGCCUGUUUACAAUAGAAGAGAAAUGGCAAAAGAAAGUAUAUUUCGGGAUCUCCUGGAAAUCCUGACGGGCGCCUCAAGUGAAAUUGAGCAGGCUGAUAAGGACUCCUGUGAACUGGUAGAUCGAGACACCUGCCUGCUGCUCAUAGCAGAGUGUUUCAGAUGUCUGAGGAAUGCCUGUGUUGAGUGUGCCAAGAAUCAACAUGUCAUGAGGAACUUGGGUCUCAUCUCUACGUCUGUCCAUUUGAUCAAAUUGCUCCAUGGAAUACAAAUCAAAGAAGAAUUGUUAUUGACUGCUCUUCGUUGUAGUCUCCAGUUUCUUGGAAACAUUGCAGCAGGAAAUGGAGAUUCCCAGAAUAGCAUUUGGAAGUGUGCUUUCCCAGAUCUCUUCUUGACGUGCCUAACAUACAGUGAUGAGAAGAUUGUUGCCUAUUGUUGUAUGGUACUGUUCACUUGCCUUAAUUCAGAGAAAGUGAGAGAACUACUGUAUCCUGGGAACUUGACUGUGGCUCUUCAUGUCCUGAAAGUCUACAAAGAGCAGCUGGAGUCUGAGUGGUCGUUCUUGAUUGUUACAGACCAUUUGCUGAAAUGUCCAGAGUUGGUAAAAGCCCUCUAUGCCAAACUGAGCAAUCAAGAAAGAGUUACUUUGUUAGAGCUGAUAAUGGAGAAAGUAAGUGAGAAGAACCCAGUUACCAGUGAAGAAAUUAAUUUGUUCAUGAGACACGCCGACUUCCUUGCAGGCUGUUUCAAAGAGAAAUGUGAAGCUGUGCUCAAGUUAACUUCUGCGGCAGAUACAGAAGAUGAGGAAGCACUGGUUACAAUUCGUCUUCUUGACGUUCUUUGUGAAAUGACAUCAAACAAUGGACAGCUAGAACAUCUACAGGCCUUGCCUGGUUUGCUUGAAACAGCCAUAGAUACCCUGAGAUUAACUCAUCUUGCUGGGAAACAAGCUGUAAAUAUUUUCACUGCCACACAUACUAUGACAGGGCAGGAAGAAAUUUCGCAUCCAGCUGUGGGUUUUAAAUCUCAUCUCAUUCGUUUGAUUGGAAAUUUGUGUUAUAAAAAUAAAGAAAACCAAGACAAGGUUUAUGAGUUAGAUGGCAUCCCCUUGAUCCUGGACAACUGCAGCAUUGAUGACAACAAUCCUUUUGUGAACCAGUGGGCAGUAUAUGCUAUCCGAAAUCUCACGGAACAGAAUGAGAGAAACCAAGAGCUUAUUGCACAGAUGGAGGAGAAGGGGCUGGCAGACAAUUCUGCCCUUGAGAGUAUGGGUUUAGAGAUAGAGAAACGAGAUGACAAGUUAAUUCUGAGAUCUGUCAGGAAAAAGCCCUCAUGAACAAAACAUUAAGAAGAGUUGAAUCAUUAAAAGAGGAUUUCUCUUUUAAAAUAUUUUUCCCUGCUCAGGCAAUCAAGAUUUCUUCAGUUUUAGUUCCAGUCUGCUGGAAGUGUUGCAUUCAGAAAAACUGCCAAAUGAUACUUCUGCCUCGCUGCUGUAAACAAAAGGACACCUACACAUUUUCUAAAUACCUAGGUAAAUUAAGUUAUGGAAAAAAAUCCUUCUUUUCAGAUGGUUGAAAUUUCAUUACUUUCUUGUUUUGUUAGAAAGAUGUCAUGCGUGCGGUAUUGAGUUGUUAUAAUUUCCAUUGCUGAAUCUGGAGAUAACUAUCAUUAAAAACUCAACAAAGAAAUAA